UCCGCUGACAAGGUCUGCCAUUAACAGCAAGAAGCAGAAAAAAGAAGAGACAAAGAACAGGGACUAUUUCCUUCUGGAUUGAAAAUAAAAAGGAAGCAUUUGAUUUUUUUUUUCAUUCUGACUCCAAAGGUGGAAAAUAAUAAAAUUUUAAUUCAACGAUAGUGUCGGUCAUGAAAGCAAAUUUGCACAAGAACCAUCACUGCUGCAAGUGCCCAGAGUGCUAUGAGGCGACCAGGAUGGCAGCUCUCCGACGUAUGGAACCACAGAACUACACUGAAUGGCAGCACGAACCGUAUGGAUAUGGUGGCUUCAGUUCCCAGACACUGCCAUCUUCAACAGCAGCUGCCGGCAGGAAUAAAACCAAGCUCAUCCCAACCUCCCGUGAUAGUGGGCCGAUUAAAAGCCAAAAUAAGAGCGUACCUAAGGUGAAUGGCAACAGUGGGGGAUGGUGGCCAGAGUGUACUUGUUCUACACGUGACUGGUACGAACAGGCAAACCCUCCUCCCAUUAUUGUGAAUGCUGAUUCCCUGGAUAGUGGACCUUAUGCUAAUGGAAGUGAUGGAAUGUACAAAUAUGAAGAAAUUAUCCUGGAACGUGGUAAUUCAGGCCUGGGGUUUAGCAUCGCUGGAGGAAUCGACAAUCCUCAUAUUCCAGAUGAUCCAGGGAUCUUCAUUACGAAGAUCAUUCCUGGUGGGGCUGCUGCUAUGGAUGGACGACUUGGGGUCAAUGACUGCGUGCUACGAGUCAAUGAUGUGGAUGUCUCUGAAGUUGUUCACAGUAAAGCAGUGGAGGCUCUGAAAGAUGCAGGACCUGUUGUUCGACUCUUAGUCCGCAGAAGGCAGCCAGCUGCAGAGGCUAUAUUAGAAGUGAAUCUUCUAAAAGGACCCAAAGGCCUAGGUUUCAGUAUUGCUGGCGGGAUUGGAAAUCAGCACAUUCCUGGAGAUAACAGUAUCUAUAUAACCAAAAUCAUUGAAGGUGGAGCAGCCCAGAAAGAUGGUAGGCUGCAAACAGGAGAUCGGCUACUUGCCGUGAAUAAUAUCAGCCUGCAGGAGGUACGGCAUGAAGAAGCUGUAGCAGCUCUCAAGAACACUUCAGAUAUGGUCUAUCUGAAAGUUGCUAAGCCUGGCGGCAGUCACCUUAAUGAUGUAUAUGCACCUCCUGACUAUGCUAGCACAUUUUCAACCCUCACAGAGAAUCAUGUGAACACUGGUAUGAAUUACAUGGGUGGAGUUGAGAGCAAACCCACAUAUCCACUGCCAGCAAUCACAUCAGGACGUUAUUCUCCAGUUCCUCGGCAUGUCAUGGGAGAUGACGACUUCACAAGAGAGCCAAGAAAGAUUGUUCUCCACAAAGGAUCAACGGGUUUAGGCUUUAACAUUGUCGGUGGCGAAGAUGGUGAAGGGAUCUUUGUUUCGUUCAUUCUGGCGGGUGGCCCAGCGGACCUCAGUGGAGAGCUACGAAGGGGAGAUCGGAUAUUAUCUGUAAAUGGUGUUAAUCUACGGAGUGCUACACAUGAACAGGCAGCAGCUGCGCUCAAAAGAGCUGGUCAGACGGUGACUAUCGUAGCUCAGUACCGACCUGAAGAGUACAGUCGCUUUGAGUCCAAAAUCCAUGACCUUAGGGAACAGAUGAUGAACAGCAGUAUGAGUUCUGGAUCUGGCUCCCUGCGGACUAGUGAAAAACGAUCACUUUAUGUCCGAGCUCUCUUUGACUAUGAUAGGACCAAGGACAGUUGUCUGCCGAGCCAAGGACUGAGCUUCCUGUAUGGUGAUAUUUUACACGUCAUUAAUGCCUCUGAUGAUGAAUGGUGGCAAGCACGACUUGUUACACCUCAUGGUGAAAGUGAGCAGAUUGGUGUCAUACCCAGCAAGAAACGAGUUGAGAAAAAAGAGAGGGCAAGAUUAAAAACGGUAAAAUUCCAUGCCCGUCCUGGAGUAAUUGAAAUGAAAGGGUCAUCCAGAACCAAGCGUAAAAAGAGCUUCCUCUUGUCUCGAAAGCUUGCCUUCUACAAGAGCAAAGAGAAUAUUGUGCAGGAGCACACAGGUGACCAUGACCAGUGUAUGACAUCCAACACCAGUGACAGUGAAAGCAGCUCCAAGGGUCAGGAUGAUACUGUUCUAUCCUAUGAGGCAGUAACACGCCUGGAGAUUCAUUAUGCUCGACCAAUAAUAAUUCUGGGACCAAUGAAGGACAGAGUCAAUGAUGAUCUGAUCUCUGAAUUCCCAAAUAAGUUUGGUUCCUGCGUACCUCACACCACCAGAUCAAGACGUGAAAAUGAAAUUGAUGGGCAAGAUUACCAUUUUGUAACCUCCCGAGAGCAGAUGGAGAAAGACAUUCAGGAUAAUAAGUUCAUUGAAGCUGGGCAAUAUAAUGACAAUCUUUAUGGGACAAGCAUUCAAUCUGUUAGAGCUGUAGCUGAGAGAGGAAAACACUGCAUCCUUGAUGUGUCUGGGAAUGCAAUUAAGAGGUUACAGCUUGCACUACUGUAUUCUAUUGCCAUUUUCAUCAAACCAAAAUCUGUUCAAUCCCUCAUGGAAAUGAAUAAACGACAAACUGAAGAACAGGCAACCAAAACUUUUGAGAAAGCAUUGAAACUGGAGCAGGAAUUUGGAGAGUAUUUCACAGCCAUUGUACAGGGAGAUUCAUUAGAGGAGAUAUACAACAAAAUUAAGCAAGUCAUUGAAGAACAGUCUGGUCCCUACAUCUGGAUUCCUUCAUCUGAAAAACUCUAAGCAUGUCCCAAUGUUUAGAGAGAAGAUGUUGAUGGGGGAAAUGUAUCCCCCUUUUAAGAUAUGUUGCAUAUCAAGUUUUAUCUUUCUCAUUAUGUUAUUAUGAAUCCUCACCGUCGCUGUGGCUGUUUCCAUACUGCAUGGUUUUUAUGGAAUUCCAUCAACAACAUGGAAAUGCACACCUGAGUAUUUUAAAGAACAUCUUCAGGAAACGGGACCAGGAUUGCAUUGACUUUGUAUGUUUGUAUUACCUGAAGAUCAGCUACGACA